AUGAGCACCAUGUUCUACUUAAUCGGAGAUGACAUAUCUACAGCGCAGUCUGUGACUCUCGAUUCUAAAUGGAAGAUCGAAGACGUUAAGCGCGCGGUGGGAGCUGUUUUUAAUGUCGCCGCACCACUUGGGUUGACUUUUCACCACGGAGAAAACGAACAAGAACUCUCCUUGGCAGAGGAAAUACUUAGCGCAGUCUCAUCACACACUACACCGAUCGGCCUCCGUGUCGAUGGACAGGCAGUCCAAAGCCCCCAAGGUCCCGAGGGUCUUCCACUUGUGGGUAGCUUCUAUGAGAUCUUCCCUGAUCAUCUGGGCAACCACUACCGACUCUUCCGCAAAUACGGCCAUGUUAUCAAAACUACUAAUAUGGGCAAGACAACAUACCUGACCGAUAGCCCUGAAUUGGCAGCCGUUGCCCUGGCUGAAUCUGUCUACAUGACCAGAAAGAUCAACGAGAACCACCCUCUCUGGGGUGUCAAGGACAACACAGCAAUCUUCAUCGGAGAUACCGAGACUGAGAACUGGCGGUUGGCUCACAAGUUCUUGCCACCAGCGAUGGGUCCGAAGGCAGUGCGCCACUAUACACCAUUGAUGCAGGAGUGUGUGCGCCAGUCAUUCGCAGUAUUUGAUGAGCUCGAUUCUUGCGGCAAGUCUUGGAACGCCUACCAGUACAUGGUGAAGCUUGCAUCGCAAACCAUUGGAAAAUUCUCUUUGGGCACCGACUUUGAACACUUCACUGAUGUUGACGCCCCAUUGCAUCCGAUCGUCACCAACAUCACCAGUCUGCUGUCUCUCAAUAAGAAAAUCACCUCCCGAGGUGAAUGGUACCGACACCUUCCCUUUGGCGAUCCCGCGCGUCUCAGGGUUGUCCAACGCACAAUCUACACCCUCCUCCAGGCGAAGAUCGACCUAGUCAAGGGCUCUGGAAUUGAUGGUAUGCCCAUGAACCAAGCCGCAGUCGAAGCCUCUUGCGUAGUCAACUACCUCCUCAACACCGUCGACGAAACCGGCCAAAAGUUUCCCGAAGGCCUGAUCGUUGCAAAUAUGCUCAUUGUCACCGGCGCCGGUUUCACAACCACCUCAGCCCUGAUGUCAUGGCUCCUUUACUGCCUCGUUACCUACGAAGGCGCCCAAGACCGUCUCUAUGAGGAACUGUGUGAGCGUGGUGUCGCCAACACUGAAAAGCCCAUCGACUGGACACCCGAGUUUGCCCAUAGCCUGAGCUUCCUUGACUGUUUCAUCAAGGAGACUAAACGCCUGCACAACGCCUCUUUUCAGCCCGGCCGUACGACAAAAACCGAGGUCGUGCUGCCCGGUGGAUACCGCCUGCCUCCUGACAGUGUUAUCGUUCCCAACCUGUACAGUAUCCACACCAACCCAGAAGUCUGGCGCGAUCCCUUCCGGUUCGAUCCUGAUUACUGGACCGGUGAGGAGACUAAGAACAAGCAUCGUUGCGCUUAUAUUCCUUUCGCUACCGGUCCCCGUGGCUGCAUUGGAUUCAACUUUGCGCUGCUUGAGGUUAAGAUCUUGUUGUCGGAGCUUGUCUCGCGCUAUGAGUUUACCCGUGAGGGUCUUGAGGCUAUCGAGUAUGAUCCUGAGUUCCAGUUGAUUCGGCCGUUGAACUUCUACGUUCGCGCUAAGAAGAGACCUGCCGCUGCUUAA